AUGUCUUCUACCACCACCACCACUACCACUACCACUAUCACCGACUUCGCGGCCGCCAAAGAUAAAACUAAAGCUAAGCCGGAAUUCAUACUCGUACCUGGCGCAUGGCAUUCCCCGUCUUGUUUCGCUCCUACGACGGCGUUGCUUGAGGCAGAGGGGUAUGUUGUUCAUGGGAUUGAACUCGCGUCGGUUAAAGGGCCGGCUUAUGUCGAAUCCUUCAUUCCAGAUGUCGAGAUCAUCGCAGCGAAGAUCCACGACGUGCUGUCGGCGGGGAGAGAUUUGAUUAUGGUGUUUCAUUCUUAUGGUGGGGUUCCGGGGUCUGAAGCGCUAUCAACCCACCUCACCCGCUCCCCCACCCACGGGGAAAUCAUCCACCUCUUCUACCUCACAGCCUUCAUCCUCCCCGUGCCCUCGUCCCUAUUCAACGCGCUCGACAACGGGCCCGCCCCCUGGCAGAUUGUCAGCAGCUCCGGGACGCAAGUCAAGGUAGUAAACCCACGGGAGAUAUUCUACAACGAUGUGGAAGCUGCGCUUGCAGAGGAGCUGGUGGCGGCGUUGAGACCGCAUGCGUAUCGGGCGCUGCUUAGUAAGGUUACGUGUGAGCCGUGGAGGGAGGUGGCGUGGACGUAUGUGCUUUGUACUCUCGAUAACGCCAUCCCGCUCACCGCCCAAGAAGCCAUGGUAGCGAGGGCGCAGGAGCUAGCGCCGGGGAGUCUCGCGCGCGUGGAGAGGCUGGAGGCGGGGCAUAGUCCGUUUGUGAGUCAGCCGGAGAGGGUUGCGGAGAUUUUGAUGAGGGGGAGUGGGGAAGUGGGGAUG